AUGGCCAUCAUACUACGAGUGAAACGAUUGCGAAAAGAUGUCCCCGUGGACAGUUUCGAAACAGAACGACUGAAUAAAAUGUCGAAAAUAGACGCAGAUGAAAAAUCCGCCUCAACUUUUCGUUACAUUGGAAGUCAGUCGAUUGAAUCUAAUGUCGCAGUGGAACCGGAUUUGAACAAACUGGACAAAUUGAAUUCGCAGGGUUCAUUCAAACUACUUUGGAAUUCCACUUGCGGGCGGAUUGUUGGUAAAGGAGUGACCAGUGUCCCAUGUGCCGUACGAAUUAACAGUUUAAAACGGUCCCUUCCAUUGCCAAACACCGAUCCUGAUGUACCCGUCAAAAUGAUGCGUAUCAUCGAUAUCACUCCAGACCGGUCCAAUGAUGAUGACCUCACAAGUGCUUUGCACCAAGCAGCUAUAUUGGAAUCGUCACAAGCUCCGAAGGAUGAGGUGGACUAUGUGUAUGAUUUGUACCGUCUGGAGAAACGACGAACUGCAAGAUUGCGUAACCGUUCGGGUUCUCUCGGUGGUUCUGUUUCACCACUCUCUCGUCGCGCUCGAGUCAAUGUGAACGGAGCAUCCGUGUACCCGCGGGAUGAUAUCGUGUUUGACGGUGAAUUGUCAGAUCCUGAUGACAAGAUCUAUGCGGAUGAUGAAGAUGAUUCGAAUAGCGAAUCGAAUUGGCGAAAUGAUUAUCCGGACGAGGAAGAUGUGUCUUCUCCCAGCUCGGAAUCACAUUCCAGCUGCUCCGACGAUCAGUCAGAUUCGGACUCAGAUCGUCCGAACUAUCGAUAUUCACAACAUGACUUAUUUUGA